AGAGAGGAGCGCGUGGGGGUGAGGAGACUGAUCCUCUGACAUCACAUUGGCUCUUAUAAACGGAGGGAAUGGAGCCCAUCGCACUUCACAGCCAACCUGGAAACCACAAGCACCUUCUUGGACGAGAAUAAAACAAGAGAAAAAAAAAAGGAGGCUCGCCAACCGGAAUCUGCCUCUAACAUUUUUAGCUCCCAAAUUCUUAUGGCCUAAAUUCUUAAAACUCUUCAGUUUGGAACGUUUUUCUUUUUGGUGACUUCUUUUAUUUUUCUCGAUGAUGCAGCUGCAGUUGGCAUGCAUGCUCCUUCUCUGUUUCACAUGUGGCACGCUUUGCUCAGUUGCUGAACAGGAGCAGCAAACACUUGCGCAGGAGCUCAUCAGCAGUCUCCUCACCUCCAAGAUUAGACAUGAAUGGCAGAGUGCCCCCUACUGGCAGUUACAGCUCUCCAGUUUGUGCAAAUUAGUGAGUGGCGUCCAGGAGGGCACAUGGAGCAGAGAGGAGGAGGACGGGGAGGAAGGGGAGGCCAGUCUGCAGCUGCUGGAGGAGCUGUUCAGCCUGCAGCAUGUUUGCCGAGCGCUGCAGAGCCGCGAGGAGCGGCUGCUCUACGACUCUCUGGAGGAAAACAGCGAUGUUCCCCUGAAACGGAAGUCCCCCUACAUUCUGAAGAGGCAAGCUGGGCCCAAAGCCAAGUCCCGGAGACCGUACAUCCUGAAACGAAGAACAGUUUACUGACAGCCAUUCCAGAGGCAGCAACAAGUUGCAGGAGAACAGAACUUCUGUGAUAUGUGUCUUUUAUUUCAUCUCCUGUUGCAGUUUUUUUCUUGUUUUCCUGAUGUUCUUUCCUGCAGUCAGACGUCUGUCUUCAACUGCUGCUCAGAAUAAAAUCAUACUCAUUGUACAACUCGUGGAUCUAAAAGAAACUGUAUUCACCUUUCCACACAACAUACGACUUUAUGAUUAAAUAUUCAUAAAACAAA